UGGAAACUCACCAAAAAUAAAACCGGCAUUGAACGAAAUUUUCGCUUCAAAACUUUUAAAAAUACUUGGGCAUUCAUGUCGGAAAUCGCUGCCGAAUGCAAUAAACCGCAAGUUCGCCAUCAUCCGGAAUGGAGCAAUGUGUAUAAUUUUACGCGUGUGAGAUGGACGACGCAUUGGCCCGAGGGGAUUUCGGGGAAGGAUUUGGAGAUGGCGAGGUUUUGUGAUGAGGUUGCGAGGCGG